AUGCCGUAUGCCUUCGUGCAGUACACUGACGACUCGGCCCAGGAUCAGGCAGUCAAUGCUACUGCUCCGGAUUCUUCUUCUAAUUCAGUCGACCUUCCCUCAUCCGGAUCCAUGAAAACUCGGAAAUGCCCCGAGAUCAACGACGAGCGGCGCUGCACCUACGUGCAGCAUAAAGAGAGAGAACUGUCGAAGGCCCUCCCUCUUCAUGCCAGGAGUACUUCGCCGACGCCAGCCAGGAGAGAAGCAUUGAGCAUGCUGCCUGCCAUCACGAGCUCAUCUCCAGAGUAA